CAACAUGUUGGAGUCCAUUAAUGUCAAUGUUGCUCCCAGCAUAGCAGUACGGUUGAACUCACUCAACCAAUCAUUAUUGAAAGAAACCAGGUCUCUUUUAGGGGGGUCACUUUGCGUGACACACCAUUCACAUGAUCUAAUGCUGCAGAACGGCAGUGUAUCAAGUUUACUAUCCAUAAUUUUUGUGUGUAAAAAACACGCAUAUUGUUCACCACAGUGUAAAAAAAACUGGCCCGUUGACGAAUUCAAUAUUAGACAUAAUUUGCGAUCGUGCGGACGGAGCUAUACUCGAUCGCGCGAAUAGUACAAACAUCUCAAAAUUGCUACGGGAUUCUACAUCGAGGACAGCACUGUAUUCUUUUUUACAGACGACCUGGAUACGCUAACUUAGGGAGCACUUAAGGUAAAUAUUGAAUCAGGAUGGAACUAGAGACCAAGGAUCCUAACAACCCGCCCCCCUACAGCGGUGACCAACAAGGGGCGCCCCCAGCGGGGUACCCGACCCAAGCGCCUCCAAGCUACCCAGACCAACCCCAACCAGAGGGCUACCCAGCCCAACCCGGACCCCAGCCGGUCGGCUACCCAGCCCAACCCGGACCCCAGCCGGUCGGCUACCCAGCCCAACCCGGACCUCAGCCGGUUGGCUAUCCCCAGGCCCAACCCGGACCCCAGCCGGUCGGCUAUGCGGCCCAGCCCGGCUAUCCGGCCCAGCCCGGCUAUCCGGCCCAGCCCCAACCGCUGGGUCCGGGACAACCUCCAGGCACCGUCGUGACCGCGCAGCCCGCGGCCACCACGUACGUCACGGUGCCCAUGCAGCGGUUCACCUCCCUGCCGCAGAUCAUGCAGUGCACCAACUGCAGCAAGACCGUCACUACGCAGACGAGCAAGCAUGUCGGCGCUGCCGUGUGGGUGCUCUUCGGCUGGAUAUGCCUCAUCACGGUUUGGUUUUGCUUUUGGCCCUUGGCCUUUAUCCCGUUCUGCAUCCCUUCACUGAAGGACACCGUUCACACCUGCCCCGAAUGCAAGUUCACGCUGGGGAGGUGCUCGCCAGCAGGGAACAGUCUUUAAACAUGUUGGGCAUUUAACUUUGACGUACAGUUUGAGCAAAUUCAGGGUGAGUAAAAAAAAAACGAAACCCAAAUGACACGACCAAUUUUCGAAUGAACUUUUGCCUGUAUCACUUUCAAAAUCUAGGAUAAGAAA